GCUAAACUAAACAUCUCUUCUGGAAACAAUAAUGUACUUGAUAGGAAUACCAACAUUGAGUGUGAUAUGAUGUUGAAGUUAUUGGAAACACUGUGUAAAACAACCAAUAAAAAUAGCAAACCGAUUUUUUUGGCUGAAACUCAAAAACAAUCAAAACCUCACGAUAUUCCAAUAUUCAACAUUUGUGAUGCAAGCUUUAAAAUGAAUGAUGACCAACUUAAAGGUCUGAAAACAUCAAUUAAAGACUCUCGGAUUGAUUUGCUCAAUGAAAGACAUGAUCAGGAAAAAGACUGUGCAAAACUAAAAAAUACCGAGGUAGACAACUUGUCUAGUACGGUUACCGUAAAAGAAAAUCGCUGGAGUCAAAAACUGUCUUCAAGGAACAGUUUGUCAAGUUUAGCUGAUCAGUCACCUGAAUGUGUGAAAAAUAAGAGAACCCUGGGAAAUUAUGAGAAUCCACUUACAAAUGUAUCUAAUGAAGUUGAAAAGUUUAUAAAACACUCUUUAGAUAAAGAAAAUUAUAUUGCUUCACCACAAAAGAAAUUUGAACUACCUACAAGUGAUGAAACAAAGAUACAACUCAAUAGUAAAGCUGGAAACAUUGUCAAAACAAAUUUAAGCAAUCAGGAUAAAAUUCCACUUCAGUCGAUGUUAGAAAAAUCAUUUGAAAAUAAUCUACUAAAAUUUCACCACGAACCUUCAAAAAGUAAAAUUCUCAACAACUUUGUAAAAGCCAACAAAAAUGACUUGAAUCUACAAUGUACAGAAUAUAAAAAUGUUAAAGAAGUUAAACUAAGGAUAUCAGAUGACAAAACCAAGAAAAACUUCAUUACACUACCUGUUGAAGGAAAUUCCAGUGAUAUAUGUAGCAUUUCCAUUGAACAAAGUGAACACUUCAACUCAACAACAAAGAAAGGAGAAGAACUACGAGAAUCAGAAGUGUCAAUGGAUUUAAAAAGAGAGCCAAAAUUAAGCAUCACAAUUCUACUUACAAAUAAUCUUAAUGGUGGUGGACAGAUACAAUAUAAUGAAACAGAAAGUGAAAAUGUCAUUGAAACGAGAAACAAAGCUUCAUGUCAUAAUAAGAACAGUAACAGUGUUAUGAUUGAGAAGAAUAUUUCAAAUCCAAAUGAAUCUUCAAUUGAACACCGACGUUUAGAAAAGAAUAUCAGUUUGAAAGCAAACGUUAGUUUUGAAAAUAUCAUCUCACCAUCAGUAUUUGAAGCUGUUAAUAAACCUGAUAAAUGCUAUGCUAGAUUCUCUGGUGAUACAAAUGACACUCACAUUUUGAAAGCAAAACUUUUAAGUAGACCCCUCUUAAAGCCAAUACACCAACAGCAAUUUGGUAUUGAGGGUGCAGCUUACUUGAAUCAGGAACAGAGAAAAAUGUUGGAAACAAAAAUUGCUAAAAACUUUGCCAACAUGUGAAACUUCUAUACCUUCUAAAUCACCUGUUAGAGGAAUUUUGCCCAGCCCUAAUGUUCACGCAAAUUUGAAAACACACAAUAAUCAUGUCAAAAAGCUAAGUAACAACCCUUAUUAUGUACUAAAUAGAUUAAGACCUAGAAGCAGCACAUUUUCGGUAGAUCACUCAAAAGACUAUUUUUUAAAUUCAAAUUGUGUGAAGACAAGAUCCAAUAGAUAUUGUAUGACCUUACAUCAAGAGCCUAUUAUGGAGGGUAAUGCAGAAAAAACUAAGAAAAUUAAUACAGUAUAUAUUGGGGAUCAUCAGAAAAAUGUUAUUCAUACUUAUCCCAUGAAAGUAUGUGGUGCUAAUUAUGGUAAUUUGUGGGAAGAUUUCAAAAGAAGUUCUGGAAUCGUAAACAAAAACAAAGUUUCACACUCAGAAUAUAUAGUGAGUAGUAAAUCUGAGGUGUUAGUAAAAUCUAAUCGCACAAAAAAUAUAUCGAAAUCAUCGCAAAGAGCAAAAAGUUGGCCAAGAGUCAAUGUUAUUAAGAGAAAAAAUAUCUCUAUUGGCUACGAAAAAACUUACAAAGAUCUAAUUACUUUAACAAAUAAAAAAGUGGAUCCGAAACAAAAGAACUCGGUUGUUCCAGACAUUGCCCUGACUUCCAUGAAUAUGUCUGAGAUGAUAAAAUGUUGUCCAUGUAUAAUUGAAAAAAUUAAUGCUACUGAAACAUUUGUGCAAAGUCAGGCUGAAGUACUGUUGGAAAAAUCUGGAUAUCUUACGGACACAAUAUCUAACAUAUCUAUAUUUUGUAAAAAUUGUGCAGGCAUGUCAAAAAGCGCUUUUCAGGGAAAAAUUAACACUCCUGAUUUUAAUCAUUACAGUUACAAAAUAAAUGAUUCUAAAGAAGCCACUGGAUUUUUCAACAAGGAAAUAAUUUCUAAAAUAAACAAUCAAUAUGAAAGUGAAAAUAAAACAAAUUCGUUCUUAAAUGAAACUGAUACUAAACUUUUCGAUUGUGGUAAAAAUAUUACUUGUAGACACACUUGUUUACCUGUUCCUUCCGCUGAUUCUUUAUUUUUAGACAUUUCUGACAGUAUAAUACCAGAUAAAUUUAUAUUCAAUGUAACAUCAGAUUUGGAUUUAUCUCAAAAGAAUAGGGAAGAUGAGAGACAUUUUCAAGAUCACAGCAAAGACAAUAAAACAUAUUCAAUGAAAGUUAAGAGUAAUUCAAAUACAAAUAUUAGUAAAAAGGAAGAUGGUACAUUUUACAGAGUUUUAACUGAUAAUGGAUUAGAAACCUGCUGCUGUACAGAUAAUUACUGUAAGACAUAUUUUAAUUCUUCAGGAAAUGACAAUAUUUUUACUCUAAAGAAUGGAAGAUGUAAUCAAAAUGAAAACUUUGUAAUGAGUGAAAAUAUUAAACCUAAGAACAACUGCAAUUUUGUUGUUAGAAACACUGAGUUUUCCAAUUGUUACCCAGAUGUUUUUAAAACUUGCAUUGACGAUGCACAAAACAGACAGCAUCAACCUUUCUGCAAAAAGAAAAAAGCUUUGUGGGUUACAAAAAAUGCCAAUCAAGAUCAUGAGUUAAAAACUCAAAAUGAGAACCCAGCCAUGGUCCGCUUUGAAAAUUGUCAUGAUAGAAAUUAACAAAAUCUUAACAAAAAUUGAGUCUCUGCCUCAGCAUAGUUUUCCCAUUAUAAAGGAAUGAGACAGGACACAGAUGAUGACUAACUAUUGUUUAUCUGAUGCUUCUUUACCAAUAAACUUACAAAUAAA